AUGCCAUGCAUCUUGAAGAUCAGGGUCGUCGGCGCCAGGGAUCUGCCCGUCAUGGACAAGGCCUCCGACCUGACCGAUGCCUACGUCGAGGUGCGCUUCGCUGACUUUGAGGCCCAACGCACAACCGUCUGCCGCAAAACACUCAACCCCGUUUGGAACGAGGACUUUCGCUUCGAGGUCACCGAUGACGCUGAUCUCCAGAACGAACCCCUAGAGCUCAAGGUGCUCGACUACGACGCCAUCACUGCAAACGACUCUGUCGGCUCCGUCUUUAUCGACCUGAACCCACUCUUGCCCGUCAAUUCACCCUGGCAGAUUGCAGGAUGGUUCCCCAUUUACGAUACAAUUCGCGGUGUCCGUGGCGAGGUCAAUGUCCAGGUCAAACUUCAGUUUUUCGGCGACGUCAACCCGUUCAAGGAUUCUUCUGCGGGCAUCAUGUUCUUUUCCACCACCUCCUUGCCAGCAGGAUACCAGAUUGUCGCGAUGCACGGGUUCGUGGAUGCAAUCGUCAACGAGGAUGAUCCAGAGUAUCACUGGAGUGACAGUUUCCGAACACAACGCUCUUCCAACGAGGCACGCCAGCGGCUUCUCUUUCGACUUUCAGGGCAGCUUCGACGAUUAUUGGGCAAAGAGACACUCGACAUGGGAGGAAACGCCGUGCUGGGGUAUCAGCAAUGCUUCGACUUGGAGAACGAGGAGCAUGCCAUCACCGCUCGUGCUGUCGGAACUGCUGUCAAGAUUGCCGUGGUCUCCAACUCAUCGUCUCAGUACACUGACAAGCAGCAAGCACUCACUCUGAACGACCUUCAAACGGAAGAUAUUCUCACGUCUGUCCUGGACCCUGAGCAAGGAGAGAGUCCCAUAUUAACCGGUGUACCGCCAACAGGAGCAACGGACACCAUGCCACCAACGCCAACAACCAGGAGGCGUGGUUCAUCCAUUUCGAGCAACAGUAGCAGCAGUACCGACUCUGCUCCUUCUAUUGCUAGCGGCGCCAAAAACAGCAUCAACAACUACAAAUAUCUGGAGCAGCAGAUUUUCACACUUCACGAGUUCCCUCCGGGGACUGUGUUUAACCUCGGAGGUAUCGUGAGCGCGCGAUCAGUCAAGCUAAUUGAAAACGACGAUGUUGAGACGCGCGACGCCUGGUGGAAUGAGCUGAGAGACGAGAUCAAGUCGCAUGCGCGCGUGGUUGGAUGUUCGCAUAUCAUUGGAUAUCAGGAAGUAGCCACUAUCAACGACGAGCUGAUCGUCCUUUCUGCAGUUGGGACAGCCGCGAACUUGGACAUGACCGCCUUCACACCUGGAUUCUUUGACUCGGGCAGAAACCUUUCACGGUCAGGAAGCAUUAGUCGAUCGUACGUCGACAAUGGCGCGGAUAAUCUCUCGACGUCUAUUGGAGGAGCCAAGGCCAGCUUCCAAAACUCACUCAAGGAGCAACAAUGGAUGGACAUGCUGGCCAAGCGCAAAAGUAAGCGAAAGCAACCCUCUGCCUGUAGGAUGUGCCAUAUUCCAUUUCAUCGGAAAUCGUCGCCGUUCCCGAUGAGUCUCAUCAAGUGUCAAAAGUGCAAGAGGAAGUAUGUUCCCGAGAUCCUGCUGAGCACUGUGGAGCCACCUGCGGAAUUGGGCGUAGUCGGCCAGAGCGCGUUCGUGGAGGCACAUGUUUGCCGCUCCAAGAAGAGAAAGGACGGUGAAUCGAACGCGACGAUUGUCAGUGACGCGAUUCCCUUUGUCGAGUACGACCUUCACCGACAACUCAUGUACAAACUCAAGAUCCAUGGACUGAACGCCAUCUUUGGUCUCCGAUUCCAGCUCACGGUCGGAGACUCAUUGAUUGUCGCAGUCGCAUGCGGGACGGCCAUGUACCUCUCAGCACUACCAACACCACCGGCGCUUAGGAUUUCGAGGAACCUGGAUGUCAUUGACGAGGAGGACAAGAAAUUGCUGGAGAUGCAGCGCAAGAUCAUGGAUCUCUCGGAAGCCAAUAGACAGAACUUGGAGGCUGCUAAGCUGCGUGAGUCGGACGACGGAGAUCCAACCCCAUUACCACCCGUACCGGACGGGAACAAUUCGGCUCAGCAGGACGACGACAGCUCUGGAUCUAGCUCGGACUCGGAGGACGAGGCGGAAAAGGACAACUACCAGACUAACGUUGUCAUCCAGAUCGACGACGACGCAGACGAGGACUUGAUGGCUGUGUUGCUGGACCCGGUCUUUACGGAUGGGUUUCUCCUUUGCAGCACCGAGACACUUCCUAACCAUCCAUACUUUGUCAGCACCAACCCUAUGAUACCCGACAAUGCCCAUUUAAUUACCACCAUCAAACAGGGACAUAUCAACAUGAUUUCUCACCACCCCAACCGGCAACUGGCAGCUCUUUUCCGCUCGAUCUAUGAAGAUCUUCGUUUCCGACUGUCAUACUUUACGGACUGUGUUCUGGCUGGCAUCACCUACAAUAUUCAGCUGCCGAGGGCGAACGAGGUCCAGAUCCAGUUGACGGCCGUUGCACUUGGACAACAACGGCAAGUGGAUACAUUGGAGCCCCUAGGUGUACCGAUCACACUCUCGCCCUGGAGGUCUGUCCCUGGAUCGGCGGCUCUUUCAACCAGUCACUCCCGCUCCGAGUCUGAAAGCGGAAGCUUCCCAUCUAGGUCUUCAUCGGACCCAAGACGACUCGUGGCUACAGGAGAGGACUCGCCGAUGGUGUUCCAAAUGGACGAAUGUCAGAUCUCGGAUUCGCCCCAGAACCAGACACCUUCAUCGAGUCGAUUGGCAACGCCUAUUGGAACGAUGAUGGAUAUCAACGCCGGUUCGACAGCAGCUCUGCCUCCCCGCAUUGUCCCACAGACGUCGGGUGAGACGGUUACUGGAUCGACCGCUGCUACGGCGCCGAAUACGCCUGUUCGGGAACGGUACAGUCGUUUGGGAAUGGACAGUGAACCGAGCACGCCUCUUGACGGUCCAGUGAAUCGCCAGCUGGGAUAUCGAACCCAGGACGGAAGGGGACAGCUCUCGACAGCGACGAAUGUAUCCAAUCUGGCGCCAACUCCCAACUCGAACAACAACCGACCAGGGUCUUCUAACGGCAGUUUCAACAACGAGAAUGUUUUGACAACAGGCGCCAUGCGGCCUGGGUUGGGGUACCCUCGCCAUACGCGUCAACAAUCUGUUUCGUCCAUCAUGAGCCGACAGGGUCAGUUGGAUGAGUCGGCCAGCAGGAUUGCACUGCUGCCCAUGAUGCCGGCCGACCGACCGUUCAUCGAGAUGACGCCGCUUUCGUUUAUCCCGGGACGGACGCCGACGCGGUACCUGGGCAAGCUGUCGCUGCAUUUCGUCAAGGAAACGCAUAUCUUGCAUGAUACGACGGUGUCGAGUGGGAUGGGCGGGUUUGUGCAUGUGUUUUUGAUGGAGAUCCAAGCCGUGGCAAGGUCUCAUGUUGCAGCGCUGGGUGGAGAUGCGAUUGUAGGUCUGCGGGUCGAUGAGAGCUUUUUCCAGGAGAGUGUCAAGAACCAAGGUUACGCGUUGAUUUCGAUUAGUGGCGAUGUUGUUGGCUGUGCGCUCACAGACCAGGACUCUUCCUCUUCAUCCUCUGACGAUGAAGAUGACGAGGACUCGGAGGAUGAAGGGCGGCAGCAAGGGCAGGGACAAACUAGAGGACAGACUGAUAAUGAGAGCGUGUCGAGUAGGAGGCGCGGAGGACCUUUUGAGAACCAAGAAGGUGAUACGCCAUUGAUUGUUGGGUGGCAGAAUAACCAGAGUAUGGAAAGCGUCCAGAUGCCCGCUGCUGCACUCCCUCUUUCCUCUGACGCCACAGCUACUGCUGCUGAACAGACGACAUCUUUGCCUAUGCCCACUACUCCUGUCACCCCUGUUACUCCUAACACCCCUAUGACUCCUUCCACGCCUACCACGCCUAAUCCUCCCGUCGAGGCCUCGUAG